UCGAGAGAAAUGACAAAACCGACAACGAAAUGCGAAUCCGAAAUUAGUCGCCACAAACCAAACGAGAGGCAAAGAGUAGCCAAGUCAGCCAUUAAUAGAUGAAGAAGCUAACAGCUUCAACAAGCCACACGAUUUUCCACCGUCACCCAUUUCUUUCUGUUCAUAUAUAUUUUUCUUUAGUUAGUUCCCUUUAAGUCCUUACUUUCUCAACUUGUUUUUAAUAUUAUCUGACUUCAAUUUUGGUAGAAACUUGGAUUAGAGAGUGAAUUACUUAAUAUGAGAGUUUGGUGAAUUUUCCCAGAUUGGGUUGCUAUUGAGAACAUUUGAACAAUGUUGCCUGUUUGCUCAGCCACCUCUGGUUGUUCUUCACAUUCUCAGAUUUCUUUCCACGGAGGUUUGCGACCAUUUACUCCAUUCCAGAAGGACUUUCAGUUCAGAUGUAAUGCUCAAGACAAGUCUGUUUUGGGCAUGUCAAAUGGAAAUUAUCUCGAUAGAAUGUCUUUUAAACCACAAGCAAUGGAAUCUCUCUACUCCAAUUUUGUAGAAAGCACUCAACAACCAGUACCCAUGGACCUCAUUAACAGUUAUUCUUGCCAAGAUGAGUUCGAUGAGGUUAAAUGCAACUUUUCUAAGGUGUGGAGUUCUUCAGUUGACGCAAUAAAUAAGUCAACCCCAGUAGGAGUUGGGGAACUGAAAUAUGUGAAAACUUCUGACAUAUCUGCUGCAGAAGAGAAACUUAAGGAUUUAACAGAGCAGUCAGUUGAAAAUGCCAAUAAUUCCAUGGGGAUGGUGGGACCUGAAACCAUGUCAACUGUUGACACAGUUCCCGAGAAUCCAACUGCAGCAUCUAGCUCCCUGAACUUUGAUAAUGAUUCACUAUCCAGUGUGAAAACUGGUCUUGAUGAUUUUCUGGCUGGGGUUAACGAGUCCUUCAACUCUUCAGUAAUCAAGGGGGAGAAUGCUGUGAAAAGCUUAUUGGAUAAAAUUAAUUCUUCUAUAACUUCUGUUAAGACAAGUGCUUCUGAAGCUGUAGACAAUGCUCAAGCAUUAGCUAACAAUAAGGUUUCAAACUUUUCAAGUGAUUUGAAGGAAGCCUCAAGUAAAGCUAAUGCUUUUGCUGUUGACUUAUUGAGGCGUGCCAUUGUCGUAGUGGAGGAUUCUUUAUCAAAUGGGGCUUCGUCUGUUGUUUAUUACUAUGGUUCUGCCAAGGAACAUCUUCCGCCAGAGAUCAAGGAUGCACUGACUUUGUAUGAAGAGAGAACAGGAAAAGCCUUAAAGCCUGUUAGGGCUGCUCUGCAACAGGUUUACACUGGUAUUGAGGGGUUGGAAAGGAGUGUAGGCCUUGACCCAAAUGAUCCCAUUGUCCCAUUUUUCCUUCUUGUUGGCACCUCAGCCACUUUAUGGGCGUUUUACUGGAUAUGGGCAUACAGCGGUUACUCUGGGGACUUAUCUCCAAAACUAACUUUGGAGCUCUUGUCUGGAAAGGAGAAUGCUUUACUUAUUGAUGUCCGGCCUGAGGUCUUAAGAGAGAGAGAUGGCAUUCCUGAUCUUCGGCGUGCAGCUCGGUUUCGUUAUGCUAGUGUAUCUUUACCUGAGGUUAAUGGCUCAAUGCGGAAACUAAUGAAGAGCGGAAGGGACCUUGAUGACUCCUUGAUUGCUACUGUUAUUCGAAACUUGAAAACCAUUGAGGACAGGUCCAAGGUCAUAAUUAUGGAUGCUAAUGGUAGUCGUUCUAAAGGAAUUGCAAGAUCAUUGAGAAAACUUGGGGUUAAGAGACCAUACUUGGUCCAGGGUGGCUUCCAGUCUUGGGUGAAACAGGGUCUCCGAAUUAAGGAACUCAAACCAGAGACAACACUAACAAUUCUCAAUGAGGAAGCUGAGGCAAUCCUAGAAGAUAUCAGUCCUUCUCCUGUGCAAGUUCUUGGGUACAGUGUGGGUUCUGUAGCAGCAAUUUAUGCACUGCUAGAGUGGGAGAAAUCAUUACAGCUUAUUGGUAUUCUUGGCCUUGUCCAGACCAUUUUCCGGCGGGUCUCUUCGUAUGAGAACUCUGAAGAUUUGAAGAAAGACAUAAGGUUGUUGCUGACUCCUGUAAGACUUGGAGCUCAGACAAUUUCAUGGGUUGCUGGGAAGUUAGAAACCAAUCGUAUCGGACUUCCAACUUCACCCUCAUCCUUAGAUGUUCAAAAUCGAGUGUUGCAGGCAGCUGCGAAGCAUGAAUCUCAACCAUCCGAUGCAGAAGAUCCAUCUCCCAAAGUGAUGGCUCCAAUGAAUGAGAAAGUUGAUCUCUCGGAAGCAUAGGUGUUGUGGAUUUUUUUUUUUUUUUUGCAAAGCAGUGUAGCAUUUCCCUUGAUCAUCAUAUUGGUGAAUGCAAGUUGACCUCGCUCACUCAGAUAUAGUGCAAAAAGACCUUAUAUGGAUACUUGUUCAAAACCCUAAGAACGAGUCCUGUACAUUAGUUAGAAAUAAGUGCAGCCAUAUGACAUUUUUGUUAUGGAUUUAUGUUUAAUGCGCUGUUAACAUAUCAAUGAACCAUACUAUCCCUUCAUUAAUCCUUAGAAAUAAAUAGACAUAAACUUUAAGUAUUCCUUUCUUCCUUUUAAAACCUUCUCCCCCACCAUUAUUACAGAAUUGUUGAGGGCAUUAUGAAGGCUAUAGUGCUUCCAAGAUAUCCAUGUUUUGUCAAGACCUUGAUUCUUGAUGCAUCAACAGUCAUGACAAGAAGCAGCUUUGACAACAAUGGACAUUGAAUCUUGGAGGACCUUGAAUCUUGACGCAUCAACAGUUAUGGAAAGUUGUUUGUCUUGCGGGAUUGAUAUGUUCAACAUCCAACGCUUCUGUCUUUCAAUACAAGCAAACUCCCUUCCUGGACUUCACAAAAACUAUCCUUCACUCUUUGUGAUGCAUCAGAAAGCAUGAGUUUAAUCUUUGUUUUCAUGUUACCUCUAACACUGUCCAUAUCAAACAGCAAAGGUACAUAUCAAAGCUUUUGUGUUUUGCCAAUCACAUUUCCAUAUCAAUUAUAUUUGCAAUGUCAGACUUGGCAAUUGAGGUAUCUCUAUGACAAACAUCACACAAUAAUUUUGACAUUGAGUUAUACAGUUUCCAGGUCAGGGACACUAAAAUACUUCACCAAAAGUGUUAUCUUUUAAAAGUUGAAACUCAGCAUUUCUCAUUUAUGCUUUAACCCUUGGGAAAAUCACUUCACGUAUGUGUUUAAACCUAGGAUAAGUCUAGCAGAAAACAUUAAAAUUAUUCUUCACAUGCUUACAUUUCGACUCUUGGGACAUAGAUGUCGCACAAAUAUCAUAAGAUGGCUCAAUAGACACGGACCCAUUGGGCAGACCAGAAUUACACCAGCCAAUAUUUUAGUUCUUUACUGGUAAAAAGAAGUACAAGGGCAAUAGUACCUUAAAUCCUGUCAAGCUGUCCUUGUUGAUCAGAAAUCCCAAAAA